AAUCCAUUGUUUUUUCGGCAAUCCGGCGGCGGCACGUAUUUUCGUUCCAACACGUUUCGCGCUGCCUUGUUGUCGUGUGUUGUUUUAAGAGCGCUUUUUUCUUUUUGUCGCACCGAAAGAGACGCGUAGCACUUCACGAUGGUGAAGUUAUCGCAGGACCUGAUACAGAUGGCCGCGCAGUCCAUCAAUCCAGUUCGUGACAGAGAGCUGGACUUGCGAGGUUACAAGAUACCCGUUAUCGAAAACUUGGGAGCAACGCUGGAUCAGUUUGACUGCAUCGACAUGUCCGACAACGACAUCAGAAAGCUGGACGGGUUUCCAGUGCUCAAGCGCCUCAAGUCCCUGAUGCUGAACAACAACCGCAUAUGCCGCAUUGCGGAGAACCUGCAGGAGCAUCUCCCGGCACUGGAGACGCUGGUGCUGACCAACAACCAGAUCCAGAACCUGGGCGACCUUGACCCACUGGCCAGCAUCAAGACGCUCACUUACCUCAGCCUGAUGAAGAACCCCGUGACGGUGAAGCGACACUACCGCCCCUACAUCAUCCACAGGAUCCCGCAGUUGAGGGUGCUCGACUUUCGGCGCAUCAAGCAGAAGGAACGACUGGAGGCCCAGCAGCUGUUCAAGGGCAAGCGAGGCAAGCAGCUCGAGAAGGAGGUGGGCGUCGUGAGCGGCGGAGGAGCCGGCCCCAUCCGCAGCAGCGGCAGCAGCAACAGCAGUGCCGCAUCGGCACAGCCCCCUCCACCGGGGUCGGGCCCGACACCGCCGGCCGCGACGAGCCGGAACAGCCAGCUGGAGGCCCUCAAGCAGGCCAUGUCGCGCGCCACCACCUUGGACCAAGUGGAGCACCUCAGCACGGCCCUGCAGUCGGGUGCACCCCUGAUGCCCACUUCCAAGUCCUCGUCCUCAAGCACGAGGCCGCCAGGAACGGAGGAUGUUGAGAUGGAGGAGACAAACGGCCACUGAAGGGAUCCCAAGAGUGUUCCGGAAAGAGUCAUUUAAAGUUUCGAGAUCUCUGAAGUUUCUCAUCCUGAUUCACAAAUCCCCACCCCCGCUAUACAUUUUUUUUUUUUUCUUUCAGUCGCUUCCACGCUCUCGGCUGGCCAAGGUGACGUAAGAAGCUUUGUCUCAUGUGCAUAUUUUAAGAUCACUGCAUGCAGCUGCUCAGAAUGUUUUCCCAAUUUCCUUAACAACUCAAAAGUGCUGUCAAGAACAGAUACGGCACGUUUGGUUUAUCAUCUUGCGAGGCCAGCUGCAGAGCAGCGUGAGAAGCGGUGUCAUUCAUGAAGCUAAUAAAUUUUCAA